AUGCUUGGCUCGGAAGGUGACUUCGGCAAGGGCUGCCACGCGUCUCAAGAGAAAGACGCGAUUCCUCCGUCUUCGGGUCUUUUGGAUUGUGGAGCAACAGCCUCUGCAGGUCCGGAGGCCAGUGUGCAAAGGCUCAUUGCAUCUGUCAUUGAGCAGGACCAAGGAGCCACGAUCACUAUCGAUCAGUCCCGUCGCCCGUAUUUCAGGUAUGGCUCUGGGGCUUGGGGUCGUGCACUUUAUCAUGUCACUAUCACCUCCAAGGUUAGCGGCUAUGAGAAGCAGUUUGGGGUCUAUGCACUGCCGAAUCCUCCAGAGUUCGUUGAGCCUUGGUUCCGCCCACACAUGUUGGUUCCUAUCUUGGUAGGCAUGAGUCACAUUGGACCCGAGGGCGCAGGCAUGAUCAUUGACUUUAAUGAUGGUUCCUUCUUGAAUGCAGCCGACAUAGCUAACAAACGUGAGCUACCACCAGAAGAAGCACGCCACCUACCCACAAACUCGAAAGGUCACUACAUCCUCGAUAUCGCGACGUACCUCACGGGAGGCCAGACCUGCAAGUCUGGGCAUUGUUCAGUUGUUGUGAAGCAGUCAGUGAUGCCCGUUUCUACCGAGAGUGAGCCGUACCCUCUACCGGGCACUGAUGAAGAUCUUCCCCUCAAGUUCAUGUAUGCAAUUGAGAUGUUGGGUGCUGUGGUAGGAGAGGGCGUGGAUCUUGAUGUGAGCUCUGAUUUCCGCAAGAAUGCUUUGAGCAGCAUGUUGCAGAAGCACUUGAAUGCAAGCUCAUCUUCAACAGAUCUUUCCAGCUCGAGGAUGAGCGGGCAGUCUAGACCCUCUCCUCAUUUCGACAACGUCGUCUUCUCGGACAACCAUGGCUCCAAAGAAGUCCUCACUUCCGGAGUUGGACUACGACCGGGCAGUGGGCCCGGACACGCGAGACCCAAGGGCCUUGCGGACGCAGUGGCCAUGUUACGGCGAACAGCCGGAGCUUUCGGAUCCGACAGCAAGACCGAGAAUUUCCCCACCAUCCGGAAGGCGCUGGCGCAGCUUCGCGAGGACAUCGGAGAUGUUCAGCCGGAAGGCGAGAUGGUGAAGGUUGCGAUCGACUUGGAGUAUGCAAAGAAUCGGUACCAUCAGCUGAUCCAGCGGUUCGAUCGCAAGAGAGCUGUGUCCACGAUGCCGGCGGCCAAGGGAUCCAGCACAUCAACUACGGUGUCGAUGGCGGCUCGACCAUCGGCCCAUCCCAGCUUGAAGGGCGGCUACAAGGAGAAGAACCCCUCCGAGGACG